GUUCCAUCUAAGCGCAGAUCGGAUCAGCCAGUAUCUAUAGCCACAGAUGAAGAGUACAGUCGUGUCGAGGUAUCAAGGUUUCCAAGUUUGCGUCCUGCAUUUCUUCCUGCUGACAAAGGAGGUACUAUCACUGCUGCUAACGCCAGUACUUUAAACGACGGGGCGGCUGUCACGAUCCUUACUUCGGCAAGCUUUGCUCAAAAGCUUGGAGUGAAACCCAUUGCUCGAAUAGUCGGUGAGUAA